UCUGGAGUCCCCAGCACUGGAGCGCAGUUGGGGUGCCCGGCCACUGCCCUCGGACUGUGUUUGCGUGUGGCACCUGAACACAGGGCCUGAACUCCACCCCUGCUCGUGUCUCCAGCCUUUGCUCCUCUCCCCCUUGAAGGCCUCACGCCCUGCGCCUGCGCCGGCGAUCGUUUUUAUUCAUCGAGCUCCGCGCUCAGCGCCCAGGCAAAUCCUCGGGACCCACCUCCGCGAUGCAUCGGCUGCAGGUAGUGCUGGGCCACCUGGCCGGCCGGCCCGAGUCGAGCUCCGCGCUGCAAGCCGCGCCCUGCUCCGCGGGCUUCCGGCAGGCCUGGGCCUCCGACGUGGUGGUGGUGCACGGACGGCGCACCCCCAUCGGCCGUGCGGGCCGCGGCGGCUUCAAGGACACCACCCCGGACGAGCUUCUGUCGGCCGUGUUGACCGCGGUUCUCCAGGACGUGAAGCUCAAGCCCGAGGAGCUGGGUGACAUCUCCGUGGGCAAUGUACUUCAGCCAGGAGCUGGGGCCAUCAUGGCACGCAUCGCCCAAUUUCUGAGUGGCAUUCCGGAGACUGUCCCUUUGUCUACCAUCAACAGACAGUGUUCGUCAGGGCUGCAGGCAGUGGCCAACAUCGCUGGUGGCAUCAGAAAUGGGUCUUAUGACAUUGGCAUGGCCUGUGGGGUGGAGUCCAUGUCCCUGUCUGACAGAGGGAACCCUGGGAACGUUUCUUCUCGUCUGCUGGAGAAUGAGAAGGCCAGAGAUUGCCUGAUUCCUAUGGGGAUAACCUCGGAGAACGUGGCUGAGCGGUUCGGCAUUUCACGGCAGAAGCAGGACGCCUUUGCUCUGGCCUCCCAGCAGAAGGCAGCGAGAGCCCAGAGCAGGGGCUGUUUCCAAGCUGAGAUCGUGCCUGUGACAACCGCCGUCCUGGAUGACAAGGGCAACAAGAAAACCGUCACUGUGACCCAGGAUGAGGGUGUCCGUCCCAACACCACCAUGGAGGGCUUGGCCAAGCUGAAGCCGGCCUUCAAGGAUGGAGGCUCUACUACAGCUGGAAACUCCAGUCAGGUGAGUGAUGGAGCGGCUGCCGUCCUGCUGGCCCGGAGGUCCAAGGCUGAGGAGCUGGGCCUUCCCAUCCUCGGGGUCCUGAGGUCCUAUGCAGUGGUCGGCGUCCCUCCUGACGUCAUGGGCAUCGGUCCUGCCUAUGCCAUCCCUGCAGCCUUGCAGAAAGCAGGGCUGACUGUGAACGACAUAGACAUCUUUGAGAUCAAUGAGGCCUUUGCAAGUCAGGCCCUCUACUGUGUGGAGAAGCUGGGGAUCCCUGCAGAGAAGGUGAACCCCCUGGGGGGUGCAAUAGCCCUGGGCCACCCCCUGGGCUGCACCGGGGCGAGGCAGGUGGUCACCCUGCUCAAUGAACUGAAGCGUCGUGGGAAACGGGCUUAUGGAGUGGUGUCCAUGUGCAUCGGGACGGGCAUGGGAGCCGCUGCUGUCUUCGAAUACCCUGGCAACUGAAGCCCUGGCUGCAGGCACUGCCCAGAGAGUCCUACAGCGGUGGCAGCCAGACAGGGACUCUACGGAAGCAUGGGGCCCAGCACUGGAGGGGUGGAUCAUGGCACUUUGAUUUAGAAAAUGCAGUCACUGGUAGCACAAAGGGGUGGGACUGCCCCGUCAAGUACCCCAACUAUGCUGAAGUAAGCAUGGGACACCCAGGCUGCAAAGCCAUUGCGUACCUCUGAGGGACCGUGCCUCCUUUACGGCGGGAUGGAUGUAGUAAACGUAUAUUGUCUCA